AUGGUCAAUGCAGGAGACAUGAAUGGUUCUGGCAACCUGAUGGAUUUUCUGGACGAGCCUUUCCCCGACGUUGGGACUUACGAAGAUUUCCACACCAUCGACUGGCUGCGGGAGAAAUCACGUGACACUGACCGCCAUAGAAAGAUUACAAGCAAAAGUAAGGAAUCCAUAUGGGAGUUCAUCAAGAGUUUGCUGGAUGCCUGGUCAGGAUGGGUUGUAAUGCUUCUCAUAGGACUACUGGCAGGCACAUUAGCCGGAGUGAUAGAUUUAGCUGUGGAUUGGAUGACAGACCUGAAAGAGGGUGUCUGCCUGUCUGCCUUCUGGUACAGCCACGAGCAGUGCUGCUGGACGUCUAAUGAAACUACAUUCGAUGACAGGGACAAAUGUCCCCAGUGGCAGAAAUGGUCUGAACUUCUUGUAAGCCAGUCUGAGGGUGCAAGUGCUUACAUUCUAAACUAUUUUCUAUACAUUAUGUGGGCUCUAUGUUUUGCUUUCCUGGCAGUCUCCCUGGUCAGAGUAUUUGCUCCCUAUGCCUGUGGCUCUGGAAUCCCAGAGAUAAAAACCAUCUUGAGUGGGUUCAUUAUUAGGGGCUACCUGGGAAAGUGGACUCUUUUAAUCAAAACAGUCACCUUGGUUCUGGUGGUAUCUUCAGGCCUCAGCCUUGGGAAAGAGGGGCCGUUAGUCCACGUGGCCUGUUGCUGCGGAAACUUCUUCAGCAGCCUUUUCUCAAAGUACAGCAAGAAUGAAGGGAAGAGGAGAGAGGUGCUCUCGGCUGCAGCUGCUGCAGGAGUUUCUGUUGCCUUUGGGGCUCCGAUUGGAGGUGUGCUUUUCAGUCUGGAAGAGGUCAGCUACUACUUUCCUCUAAAAACCCUCUGGAGGUCAUUCUUUGCUGCUCUCGUGGCUGCCUUCACGCUGAGGUCCAUCAAUCCUUUUGGAAACAGCCGUCUGGUCCUGUUCUACGUGGAGUACCACACCCCCUGGUACAUGGCUGAGCUCUUCCCCUUCAUCCUGCUCGGUGUCUUCGGCGGCCUGUGGGGGACCCUCUUUAUCCGAUGCAACAUCGCCUGGUGCAGGAGGCGAAAAACCACCAGACUGGGGAAAUACCCAGUCCUGGAGGUUAUAGUGAUAACAGCUAUCACCGCCAUCAUCGCCUACCCCAACCCCUACACCCGGAGGAGCACCAGUGAGCUGAUCUCGGAGCUCUUCAAUGACUGCGGUGCCCUGGAGUCCUCACAGCUCUGCGACUAUAUCAAUGACCCAAACAUGACCCGGCCGGUGGAUGAUAUUCCCGACAGACCUGCUGGUCCUGGAGUCUACACUGCCAUGUGGCAGCUCGCCUUGGCUUUGGUGUUUAAAAUUGUCAUCACGAUAUUCACUUUUGGCAUGAAGAUCCCUUCAGGUCUUUUCAUUCCCAGCAUGGCUGUUGGAGCCAUGGCUGGCAGGAUGGUUGGGAUCGGAGUAGAGCAGCUGGCAUAUCACCAUCAUGACUGGAUUGUCUUCAGGAACUGGUGCAGACCUGGGGCAGACUGCGUCACGCCAGGACUUUAUGCUAUGGUGGGAGCGGCAGCUUGCUUGGGUGGUGUUACCCGAAUGACGGUCUCUCUGGUGGUGAUUAUGUUUGAGCUAACUGGAGGCCUGGAGUACAUCGUACCUCUUAUGGCUGCAGCUGUCACAAGCAAGUGGGUGGCAGACGCCUUUGGGAAAGAAGGGAUCUAUGAAGCUCACAUUCAUCUGAACGGCUACCCAUUUCUGGAUGUGAAGGAUGAAUUCACCCACCGAACCCUGGCAACUGAUGUCAUGAGACCAAGGCGUGGGGAAGCUCCUCUCUCUGUUCUGACGCAGGACAGCAUGACGGUGGAGGAUGUCGAGACACUAAUCAAGGAGACUGACUACAAUGGCUUUCCAGUAGUGGUUUCAAAAGACUCAGAAAGACUUAUUGGAUUUGCACAGAGACGAGAGCUGAUUCUUGCAAUAAAGAAUGCAAGACAGCGUCAGGAUGGGGUGGUGAGCAACUCCAUCGUGUAUUUCACUGAAGACCCCCCAGAACUGCCACCCAACAGUCCCCAUCCACUGAAGCUGCGGCGUAUUCUCAACCUGAGCCCUUUCACUGUCACUGACCACACACCAAUGGAGACUGUGGUAGAUAUUUUCCGGAAACUCGGACUCCGGCAGUGUCUUGUCACUCGCAGUGGGAGGCUGCUGGGUAUCAUAACUAAAAAGGAUGUAUUAAGACAUAUGGCUCAAAUGGCAAACCAGGACCCUGAAUCUAUCAUGUUUAACUAG